AUGCCACGGUCCUUCCUGGUAAAGAGCAAGAAGGCUCACACCUACCACCAGCCUCGCGUCCAGGAAGAUGAACCUGUCUGGUCUCCCGCCCUUGGCCCUGGAGCCAGGGGCCAGGUCCUGAGCAACGCUCCUGUCCUCAGCACCCUGUUCCCAAACCAGCGCCUGACCUGGACUGAUCUCAAACGGGAGCCAGAACUGGAGCUGGACCAGAGCCUGACCAGGAUGACCUUGGUGCCAGAGGGCCCUGCCGUAAUGCCCCGAUCCCAGGACAGAGACUCCGACUCACCCCCGUUCUACAAGCCCAGCUUCUCCUGGGAUGCCCUGGCCUCGUCCUAUGGCCACAGCUACCGGCAGGCCCCCUCCACCAUGCAGUCUGCCUUCCUUGAGCGCUCCGUCAGCCUGUACGGCAGCCCUCUGGUGCCCAACACCGAGCCGCCCCUGGACUUCAGCCUCCGCUGCUCCCCGGGCUUGGAUGCCUACCACUGCAUCAAGUGCAACAAGGUGUUCUCCACCCCACAUGGGCUUGAGGUGCAUGUCCGCCGCUCCCACAGCGGGACCCGGCCCUUCGCCUGUGACGUCUGUGGCAAAACCUUCGGCCACGCCGUGAGCCUGGAGCAGCACACACACGUCCACUCCCAGGGGAUCCCGGCAGGGCCCAGUCCUGCACCCAGCGUGGCAGUCCCGGGUCUCGAGGCCCCGCCGGCUCCUGACCCCCCGGGGCCUCGUUUCCUCCGGCAGGAGCGCAGCUUCGAGUGCCGGAUGUGCGGCAAAGCCUUCAAGCGCUCGUCCACCCUGUCCACGCACCUGCUCAUCCACUCAGACACACGGCCCUACCCCUGCCAGUUCUGCGGCAAGCGUUUCCACCAGAAAUCGGACAUGAAGAAGCACACCUACAUCCACACCGGCGAGAAGCCACACAAGUGCCAGGUGUGCGGCAAGGCCUUCAGCCAGAGCUCCAACCUCAUCACCCACAGCCGGAAGCACACCGGCUUCAAGCCCUUCAGCUGUGAGCUCUGCACCAAGGGCUUCCAGCGAAAGGUGGACCUGCGGAGGCACCGCGAGAGCCAGCACAACCUCAAGUGA